CGAAUGGAUCACUUCAUGCCUCCAAAUAAUGUGACAGAAUUUAUCCUCUUGGGCCUCACACAGAACCCACACUGGCAGAAAAUACUCUUUAUUGUCUUUUCAUUCAUUUUCUUAUUCACUGUGCUGGCCAAUCUACUGAUCGUCCUCACCAUCUCCCUCAGCCCUACUCUCUCCGCCCCCAUGUACUUCUUUCUCACUUACCUGUCCUUCAUCGAUGCCUCCUAUACCUCUGUCACCACCCCUAAAAUGCUCGUGGACCUGCUCUACCGGAGGAGAACCAUUUCUCUGGGUGGCUGCCUGACUCAGCUCUUCGUAGAACAUCUCCUGGGAGGCUCAGAGAUCAUCCUUCUCAUUGUCAUGGCCUAUGACCGGUAUGUGGCAAUCUGCAAGCCCCUCCACUACAUGACCAUCAUGCGGCCGGCUCUGUGUCGUCUCCUGGUGCUGGUAGCCUGGAUAGGAGGGGUUCUGCAUGCCACUGUGCAAAUUCUCUUCAUGACUCACUUGCCCUUCUGUGGCCCCAAUGUCAUCGACCACUUCAUGUGCGAUCUCUUCCCUCUGUUGAAACUCGCCUGCAGAGACACCUACAGGCUGGGGAUGGUGGUGGCAGCCAAUAGCGGGGCCAUGUGCCUGCUCAUCUUUUCCAUGCUACUUGUCUCCUAUGUCGUCAUCUUGAGCUCCCUGAAAUCCCACAGCUCUGAGGGACGGCGCAAAGCCCUCUCCACCUGUGCCUCCCACUUUACGGUGGUGGUUCUCUUUUUUGUGCCUUGCAUCUUCACCUACAUGCGCCCCGUGGCCACCUACCCCGUGGACAAACUGGUGACUGUGUUCUUCGCCAUUCUCACUCCCAUGUUGAAUCCUAUCAUUUACACAGUGAGAAACACAGAGGUGAAAAAUGCCAUGAGGAACCUGUGGAAGAGGAGAGGAAUGUAG